GAUUAUUGGAGGUCGAUAGAGUGGUGGCGCUGCUUAUGAUGCGUGAUCCUUUCUCUCUUUUUUCAAUGUAAGGCAGGUAGCCUCCUUAACUUUAGAGACUAUGUACAUAAACUCAAGAAUGGCAAACAACAUUCCUCCUGGGUAUCAUGUCGAAGUUGUGGGAGACGCUAGAUUUGUGGUACCUUUUCGGUACUCUAACUUAAAGCCCAUCGGUUCUGGAGCUCAGGGCUUUGUUGUGUAAGUUAACCAUUUAAACUAAAUUCAAUAUCGGAGUAUUAUGUUGUGCUUGAACAGUUGGACCAAUUGACUUUGCGAUUUCCGUAGAUUCGUAGCACGACGUUUGUUAGUAAACUUAAAAGGUCUUGUAAAUUUGAAAUUAAAACUGAUUCUUGGUACCACUCAGGUUUUCAGGGCUUGAAGAAAAAAAGUUAAUAAACCAGGUCACGAAAUUUGGCUUUAAAGCAAAUCAGUAGCAACUCGGUAGGGGCUAUGCAUUCAUAUAGCUUUUGUUGGCUCAAUUAUUGUUGCAUAUCUUUGUCAAACUGGCAUUCGUGAUGUCCCCUCAUCCAACAAUCACAUGGAGCUGCCUAUGAUUCAGUACUCAAACAAGAUGUUGCCAUUAAAAAAUUGGCUCGUCCUUUUCAAAAUGUUACACAUGCCAAACGUGCCUAUCGUGAAUUUGUCUUGAUGAAACUGGUGAAUCACAAAAAUAUCAUAUCAUUAUUAAACGCAUUUACUCCUCAACAAACAUUGCAAGACUUUCAAGAUGUUUAUUUGGUGAUGGAGUUUAUGGAUGCCAAUUUAUGUCAGGUGAUCAACCUUGAUUUAGAUCAUGAACGAACCUCAUAUCUACUGUAUCAAGUCCUAUGUGGUGUAAAACAUUUACAUGCAGCCGGUAUAAUCCAUCGAGAUUUAAAACCCAGUAAUAUUGUUGUGAAACAUGAUUGUAGUUUGAAAAUUCUGGAUUUCGGUUUGGCCCGUACAGCUGGUGAUAGCUUUUUAAUGACUCCAUAUGUGGUAACUCGUUAUUAUCGUGCUCCAGAAGUUAUUUUAGGUAUGGGUUAUUCUGAAAAUGUAGAUAUUUGGUCAGUUGGUUGUAUAUUUGCUGAGAUGGUUCUAGAAAGAAUUCUAUUCCCCGGUUAUGACCAUAUUGAUCAAUGGACUAAGAUUACAGAAGAACUUGGAACACCAGGACCUGAAUUUAUGAAUCGUUUAGAAUAUGCUGUACGUAAUUAUGUAAUGUCACGUCCAAAAAAUGAACCACGUUCAUUUACUGAACUCUUUCCAGAUGAUCGUUUUCCUCCACCUAGCACGGAGCAUGAAACACUAAACGCUGAGCAAGCUCGAGACUUAUUAAGUAGAAUGUUGGUGAUUGAUCCAUUACAAAGAAUUUCAGUUGACGAUGCUCUUCAUCACCCAUACAUACACGUAUGGUAUGAAGACUCUGAAGUAAACGCGCCACCACCAGCUCCAUAUGAUGAUUCAUUUGGUGAAAGAAAUUUAUCAGUUGAAGAAUGGAAAGCUCGUAUAUUUCAUGAAGUCAAAGAAUUCGAAGCUCAAGAAUCUCAUAUACGUAAUAUUCAAAAUUAAAUAAUCUUUGAUAAUGAUCACAUAUGCAUAUACACAUGCAUUUAAUAAGGUAAAAUAAGCAAAGAGAUAAACAAAAAGAGAAAAGUAAUCUACAUAAAAGGUUAAGUAAACUAACCUUAUAGAUGAUGAUGAUGAUGAUGAUGAUGAUCAAGCUAUCAACAAUAAAACCUACAACAGAUUAUUCUCAACUUUCUUUUUCUUAAUUUUAUUGCCUGGAAACUGUGAAUAGGUCUGGUGGUGGUAGUGGUAGUGGUGUUGUUGAUGGUGAUGGUGAUGAUACAGUGAAACUUCUGAUUGUUUUCUUGUUUUUAUAUCACCGGUUUUUUGUAUUUUCUAAUGUUAAACAUCUUGUAAAUUUAUUGGCUACCAAUUAUUAUUAUUGUUUUGUACAAAAUCAAUAAUAGAUAGGCUAUAUAUAUAUAUAUAUAUAUAUAUAUAUAUAUAUCAUUAAUUGUGCAUAUGAUGAUUCUGCUUAUGGUUAUCCUUUUUAAUGUGUAUAGGAAGUAAAUGAUCCAUUGAUGUAACUCUGAAUGAAUUAUGUUUAUGUUCACUUUAUUUCUACAUUUCUCCCUUCACCAAAUGGGUUUCCUUUUUUGUUUUAAAGUUCUCCUUAAAGAAUUUUAUAUCCAUACCUGAACACUCUAAGGUGUUUAGUAACCUUUUGUUCUCUCUAUAAAUUAUGUUUUUAUUUUAUUUUAGCGUUACUAUGCACACACAGACCCCCUCCACCACCACCCCACACACACAUUUAUUUUUCAUUUAUUCUUCAUUUACUUUUCUAUGUUUAUUUUGUGAUAUAACCUUAAUUGUUAGAUGGUUAUUUGUCAUUUAUUUAUUCAUACAAAUUAUAAAUAUUAAAGCCUUCUUUUAAUAAAAUAAUCACUAUUCCCGGUUUAAUUGUUUAUAUCACCGCAAAUGCCUGUUUAUGUGUUGUGUUGUGUUGUUUUUUGUUCUUUUUUUUUAUUUUCGAAAAGAAAGAAACAAAAAUACAAAAUCCCACUGAAACUUAUUUUCUUAAAUUUAAUACUCAUUUAUGAUAAGAUUCUUGCCUGUCUUUAUUCAUUAUCUAAUCGACUAGUGCACUUAUGCUUAUUCCUUUUUUUAAAGUCAUUCUGUUUUAUUUAUUCAGUAAACAAACAGAAAAACAAUAGAUUGAAAAACAUGACUGUCUGUUGUUAAUGUUCACAAUGAUGUGUAUUUAUUAGUUUAUAUUUGUUUGUAUAAUUUUAUUCUGCUGUUAGGGUAUACCUCUUUUAUUUUAAAAAGAAACCUCUGUUCAAAUG